UUAGUCUGUAAUUUAUAAGAAACGACAAAUGGAAUUUAGCUCUCCCGUCUUCUGUUAACAGGUUUGACCAUUUCUACAUUCCGUAGAUACGGCGAAAUGCUAGCUAAGAGGGAAUAACAAACCAUUCCGCGGGAAGAUUUUUCAGCUCGCUGUCAUAGAGGUGUAGUUGAUAAAGUCAUACGAAUAUGAGUCUUUGGGUGGACAAAUACCGACCGACAUCUCUCGGCAAACUCGACUACCACAAAGACCAAGCGUCACAACUGAAAAAUCUGGUUCAAUGUGGCGACUUCCCCCACUUGCUGGUGUACGGUCCUUCAGGCGCGGGCAAGAAGACUCGAAUCAUGUGUCUGCUGAGGGAGCUCUACGGCCCCGGCGUGGAAAAGCUUCGCAUCGAGCACCAAACUAUCGUGGCUCCCUCCAAGAAGAAGAUUGAGAUCAACACCAUAGCCAGCAACUACCACCUGGAAGUCAACCCCAGUGAUGCAGGCAACCAAGACCGCGUGGUGAUCCAGGAGUUGAUCAAGACCAUGGCUCAGUCGCAGCAGAUCCAGUCUAGCACGCAGCGAGAGUUUAAAGUGGUGCUGCUUACCGAAGUGGACCGGCUGACCAAGGACGCCCAGCAUGCUUUGAGGCGCACCAUGGAGAAGUACAUGUCCACCUGCCGCCUGGUGCUCUGCUCCACUUCUACCUCUAAGGUCAUCGGGCCAAUACGCAGCCGUUGCCUUGCUGUCCGCGUUCCCCUGCCCAGUACAGAGGAGGUGUGUCACGUCCUUACGUCAGUGUGCAAAAAAGAGGGACUUAUUCUUCCGACCGAGCUGGCCAAACGGAUCAGUGACAAGUCGGGGCGCAACCUUCGCAAAGCUCUGCUGAUGUGCGAGGCCUGCAGGGUGCAGCAGUACCCGUUCUCGCCGGACCAGGACGUCACAGAAACUGACUGGGAGCUGUUUCUCCGCGAAACUGCCAACGCCAUCGUCAGCCAGCAGACCCCGCAGAGACUGUUUGAGGUGAGAGGUCGUCUGUACGAGCUGCUGACUCACUGCAUCCCUGCUGACAUUAUCAUGAAGGGUUUGGUGAGGGAGCUUCUGAACAACUGUGACGGGCACCUGAAGCCAGAGGUGGCGCAGAUGGCGGCGUACUACGAGCAUCGACUGCAGCUGGGCAAUAAAGCCAUCUACCACCUGGAGGCCUUCACCGCCAAGUUCAUGGCAAUCUACAAGAAGUUCAUGGAAGACGGCAUGGACGCCAUGAUGUUCUGAGGGUGGACUCGCGCACAUGUUCAUAUUAAAAGUACUUGUUGAUAUUGACGUUUUUUGGAUAUGUAUUUAAUACACAACAAUCACAAUGCUUAAAUUGAAGUUAAAACCAUAGCUAACAAUUUGAAAAUCCUGAAAUAAAAACAUGAAAAAUAAGAAUAUAAAGGAGUUUAUCAUGAGUAGAUGCAGGGCUGUCAACAGAGUUGCAGGGGCCCGUGGACAAGAGACCAUUAUAGGGCCCCCAUGCCCCUGCCACCGGCUUGUCACGACAACAUACGCAGUACUUUUAAUGCUUUGCAAGCAAUGACAGUGUAAAAUGUCAAAUUAUCUAAUGUGAGAUGGAUAGUUAAGGUCGAGUUAUGCUUCCGCGUCUGACCUGCACCGUCAAGGAAGACCCGAUUUACGACCCUGCGCCAUAACCUGACGUGUUCCUAUUGAAUUUUCAAACCCUAGCGUCACGUCGACGCAUAUGACGUGGCGGAAAUGUACCGAGAUUGGUCGGCUCAGGCUGUUGUUUCCGGUUCAGCGCGAAAUCACCGCCAUUGUAGAAUAGAAUCAAACAUUAUUUUUCUACUUGCAAAAAUGGACCAAGCCGACGGGAGUAUCAUCGAAGAGCAAGUCUCAUCAAGACAUAAAGAUUGCCAAAUGGCAAGGUCAGCAAUUGAAUAAAAAAAAAAAAAAUGGAAGAACCACGGAGAAGUGUGUGUUCGGAAUCGAGUACACCACACGAAGCGGUGACCCAGUCGGCCAACAACUGCCAGCUUUUUAUCACUUUAUGUCGUAUUUUGGGUUGGUGCACUUCCUCAUUUAAUGUGUACAUAUGUUUGCUGUGAGUCUGUGACAUAUUUUCGUGUCACACUUCAAGUAUCUGAAGAAUAAAGCACAGGUUUGGUGCCAAAAGAGUUGUUUUGAUGUGUAAUUUUUAACAAAAGACAGUUCACACACGAUACAUCAUCACUGAUUGAGAGUGCCUUGGUGCUUUUAUGAUAACGUUAACAUUAAGGCUUCCAACGCAGUUUGGAAAGUUCAAUAGACGCCAGAAAUCUGCUAUGGCCUCCCACUGGCUGGUUGUAAAACACGGCAAACAAAUCGGGCUAGAGGCCUU